CUUCGUAGGGGUUGCACCCCGUCCUCGACUUGGCAAAAAAAAUAGCGAUUGGGGCUUGGCCUUAUGGACCUCAUUUCAUUUCCUCCCGGCUCGAAGGAAACACCGAAAAAAACUCGCUUGGAGAUCGAAUCAACAGCCUUCGCUCGCCUGUGCCACAGGCGGCCCACGCGUUGUAGUCGUCCCAAGAGAGAGAAAGGUAUCCCCGCCGUGCUUUUAAGCACACAACGCCCGACGUUGUACGCGCCAAUUUCAGUUUUCGGUGAUCGCCACUUUGCUUAGUUUUCCUCUUCGAAACCCGGCAAAUGCCCAGCCUCCCCAUGAACGGAUCUCGAUAUCCUGCAGCAACGCGAGACUUUGACGGACCAGGUGUGCCCAGUCGAGCGUGCAACAAUGCAGCCCGAGUGGCAACUCCAGCAGCGGCGUCAACAGGUUUCCCGAGCAGCCUCUCGCUCAUGCAACCCAACACAACGAACGGCGGUUGUGGCGUCCAUAUCGCACCCAACGUCUCCGCUCAAGCCGCAAUUGGAAAUUGGCGACAGGAAGGAGACGAGAUGAAGCGACUCCGGUCGCGACACGUAAUUCUAAUCGAGAGAAUGUUGCGCAACCACCAGCCACACGACGUGCUGACUCAGGUACCCGAGAACUACGACUGGCACUCCAAGACCUUCACACUUGCGAUCAAAAUCGAGCGGCUUAUGUUCACCACGGCUACGUCCCGCGACAAUUAUCUGGAUGAGAGUACACUUCGCCAGCGAAUUCAGCUCCUGUCGCGGCAUUUGGUGCGGCUUCGGAAGCGCAAGAAUGCCAUGGCUGUGUCAAGCGGUACCCGUGUGUAGAGUGACGGUACAUGUGGCCAACAGGUUUAGACACGCGACCACCCCGAUGAUAACGUCGGUCCUCAGUCGUGAUUGGACUCUAAUAAGUGUGACUGAAAGCAUUCGAGGACGCGACAGAGAAGGUAGCUUAGACCUGCACGUAUUUAA